UUUUUAAUUCCACAGACGUCUUGUUCAAUCAAUAUUAAACUUAAUACUGUUUUGUUGAUAACAAAGACUGUUACGGGUAGAAUAAAACUAACCAUUGAUGAAAAUUGAUUUUACUUGUGUAGUUUAUUUAAUUGAUGCCAGUUGUACGGAAUAACUCAGUCUCCUCAGGUGUUUGAAGGUAUUUUUUAAAUACAUUCACGGCUUGACUGGACUCUGAGGAUUUAGAGUUACAGAUAUUUACCUAUUGUUAUAGACGGUUAGCAGUUUCAGUUUCGUGGACCAAACAGACGACUAUCAAGAUGAGGAAACGUUCAAUCUCUGAUGAGAAGGAGAAUAUCAGCGUUUCAGAACCGAAAUCAGAUCAUUCACAAAAACAGAAACGACCGAAAGAGACUUAUUAUACGGUUGAGGAAUUCGUCAAAGAAGACGUUUAUUUGAUAAACAGAAAAUCGAAAGUCGAUAAAAACCUCCUUGCUAAUAGUCUUACUGCGAAACUAAGACAGGGUAUACCAGGAGAAGUGGCAGUGAACGGGGGUUUAAUGAACAAACUCAGACGAGAAAGUCUAAAAGAUAUUGUUCAACUUAACCAUCUUAAUAAACAACUUAACAACGAGAUGCAAAUGGAGGCCAAUCGAAUCGACAAUCAGAGUCAGCAGUUGGUGAGGAGACAGGAACAAAUGAAAAGGCAAUCAGAAUAUCUCAGAAAAAACCAAGAUAAAAUAAGAUCUCAAAUUAGAGGUCGAUCUGGAAAUACCAGCUCAAAAGUAUCAUCCCUACCAACAUUGAAAAUGUCGCCUACGACAUAUACUAGUACUGCAUUAGAUGACGAAACCCGCCGAGAAAGUUUAUCAAGGACAUCGUCACGUGAUUCAGCAAAACAAAGAAAGGAGCUGAAGUCUAAUUUCAAUAUGUUCCCCGUAGAAUAUGAAAACGAAGAUCCAACAUAUGUGAAGCAUUUCAAACAUAUGGGACUCUUUCAACCGCAUAAUAAAUAUCAUCAUCUUAACGAGAAGCAAUGUCCAGAGAAAAGUAUUCUAAGAAAAUCGUAUUAUAUGCCAGAAUAUGAAAUUCUGACAUUGUCUAUGAAAGAUUCCGACCUCAACAGCGAGGAUGGAAGUUCAGUAAGUAGUAAGCAGGAUCAAAAAUCUCAAAAGAAAAAAGGCCUUCGGGUCACUUGGACCGGGUUAGAUCGCGAAACAGAUGACAGGUCUGCUACUACGUAUUAUACAUCGCAAUCGCCUGACAGUGUGUCAGUGAAGAGUUUCAAGAGUGACUCUAAUGCACAACCAGUAAGUUUUACAAAACCUUGUAAAAGUAAAUUAGAUUGCGUUGGAAUCCGUUGGAAAUUGCCACCUCAGGGAAUGAGAUCAUCACACUCUGCUGGAAAUCGACCGAAAAGAGUUUCACAUAACUUACACCCAUGUGCGUCUGCCAUGAAUAAGUUUGGUACUUCUAUAACAAAACAAAAGUGGGCUGUGCCAACGAUGACAUCAAACACUUCAACAUAUGAACUUUAUAAAAACUGGCUAGCAAAACUUGAAUUGUUAAAAAAUCCCAAUGAAGAUAACAUUUAUCAUCCAGCACAACGUAACCAAACGACGAACGAAAGUAUUAGUUAUACUGUCCCCGUGACUGAACGUCCCCCAGUGUCAAUGUAUACUGUGUAAAUAAGAAAAAAAGUGUUAGUAUCUAUAUAUAUAUAUAUAUAUACAUAUAUUAAAUUAAUAUAAUUUA